AUGCUCUCUGGGUAUGUGGAACCUGCUCAUGUCAGUGACUUUCAGUUUGAAACACAAAGACGAACUUUCACAAGCUAUGGUUAUGCUAUUGACCCUAGUGCUGAUCAUGCAGGAACAAUGAACAGUGUUAUUGGAAACGUCUCAAAAGCUGAAGAAAACCAAAAUUUGACAGUUUUUGAAGCUACAAAGGCCAGACCUGGAGACAAAAGAAAACGAUUACGAAAUGAUGAUGCUGGGGACAUUGAUGGCUACCUGGGACCAUGGGGUAAAUUUGUUGAUGAGAAAACCGUAAUGAAACCUAAUGAGGAAGAGAUGAAAGAAUUAGAUGAAAUAUUGGCCAAGAGAAACAAAGCCAAACGAGUACAAGAAGAAAAAGUGGGUGAUGAAAAAUCUACACUUCACAUCAAAGAUGCCACUGACUACCAAGGGCGUUCAUUCUUACAUGCUCCUCAAGAUGUUGGUGUUAAUCUUAGAUCAGAAGACCCGCCAGAGAAAUGUUUCAUUCCUAAGAAACUCAUUCACACAUGGACAGGUCACAGUAAAGGUAUUUCUGCCAUCCGUUGGUUUCCCAGAACAUCUCAUCUUAUGCUCUCCUGCAGUAUGGACUGCAAAGUUAAGAUAUGGGAAGUUUACAACCAGCGUCGAUGUGUACGUACCUACUUUGGACACAAACAGGCUGUGAGAGAUGUUUGUUUUAACAAUGAUGGUGCUAAUUUCUUAAGCUGUGGCUAUGACAGGUACUGUAAAUUAUGGGAUACAGAAACUGGCGAAUGCAUCAAUCACUUCACGAGUCGAAAGGUUCCGUAUUGCAUCAAAUUCAACCCUGAUGAAGAUAAACAGAAUUUGUUUGUAGCUGGAACUUCGGAUAAGAAGAUUGUAUGCUGGGAUAUUCGUACAGGGGAUAUUGUACAAGAAUAUGACCGACAUUUAGGUGCUGUCAACACAAUCACUUUUGUUGACCAAAACCGUAGAUUUGUCACUACUUCUGAUGACAAGAGUCUCAGAGUCUGGGAAUGGGAUGUUCCAGUUGACUUUAAGUACAUCGCUGAUCCAUCAAUGCAUUCGAUGCCUGCAGUUACCUUAUCACCCAACGGUAAAUGGCUUGCAUGUCAAUCCAUGGACAACAAGAUUUGUAUCUUCAACGUUCUGAACAGAUUUAAAUUCAUGAAGAAGAAAACCUUUACUGGACAUAUGGUGGCUGGAUAUGCAUGUACUACAGAUUUCUCUCCAGAUAUGAGCUACAUCAUCUGUGGUGACGCUGAUGGGAAACUUUACAUUUGGGAUUGGAAGACUACAAAGCUGUACAGUAAAUUCAAGGCCCAUGACAAUGUAUGCAUUGCUGCAAUGUGGCACCCACACGAGACGUCCAAAGUGGCCACAGCAGGUUGGGAUGGGGUCAUUAAAUUCUGGGACUAA